AUGAACUCAUCCGAUUUUACUCCUUGUUUAGUUUCUUUCCAUUGUUGUUUCAAUACGUUAUUUUCAUACAAAUUAACAGAGCCUGUAACAGAACGCAAAAGAUAUUCAUUUUUGUGUUCUCCCUGGAAUCGCUGAACACUGUAUUGUAUUCCCCUCUUUACCAAGGUUUCUGGAUCGCCAAGCGUAGUAUAUCUAUCAAGUAAAUACUCAGCUCCGUUAAUUUCGGUCAACGUUGCUAUUUAUUAGCACGGGAUCAAGAUAGUACAUUCUUCAACCAUUAUAUUUGACCUAAAAUAAAAAAAAUUAUCUGAAUAAUAAGGAUUCCCCAUAUU